GUCAAGUUCGUUCUCAAUCUGUCAGUUGUCACUGUCAAACAAUAACAGCUGUUUGCCUUUUGUGUUUGUUGCCAUAAAAUCUAAUCAUUGUAUCACAGAAAUGAAUGAAGAAAUAGAUGAAUUUAUUUACCAUCAGGAUUUCACAACAGUGUCAGAAUGGGAAGUAUUUACUGCCCGCAUAGAAGAAAUAAUUAAUGAGUGGAGGUUGUCUAAAUCGAGUUUACCUAAACUGUCAGGAGAAUACACAAAGAAAUGGGUUAGCAAAACUGAGGAAAUCACCUUUCAAGACUCGAAAUUUACAUUAUCUUACCAUUCUCUUGAACUGCCCGAGCCGUUGGAGGAGCCUGAGGUGUAUGGAGCUGAAUCUAUCUUAGUAGAGCUGCACAAUGGUAUAACAGAUCCUGUAGUCAAGUUCAUUGACGAUGUUGAUGGCAGUCCAUUUCCUGUGUCUGUUUGGUAUGGUUUAAAGCGAUACCUGAUGUUGUAUCCAAGUAAUCCACUGACCAAUGGGAACUUAAUAAAGCUAGUGAUGAGUACAGCAAAUAUUGCUUUUGCUAACACAGAUUGUGGUGUGCCUUUCUUUGUUAAAAUCCGAGAGCAUUGGCAGCCGACAUAUUUAGGUUUCUAUGAGGACAGUGAAUAUAAAAUUAGUUAUGACACAAUACAUUUAAAGAGAAUUUCAAACCAGUGUGCUGAACUCAGUGGCCUUAUAAGUUUGUUUAAAUCAAGGAUAUCCUCGCCUGUUGCCCUAGAACCAGUUGUUCUGUCUUCUAAAGUUUCUUACGAACUAAAGGAGUAUGACGAGUUUACUUGGAAGAAGAGCACACAGUCAAAUGAGUUUCUGUCCAUAGAAGGUUUUGAUGUGAAGAAAUUAAUUGAGCUUCCAUUUGGGUCUGAUAAGAAUCCUAUACAGAGUCUGCUUCUCAAUUGUAUCUGGCUCAAGUUUUUUGAAUAUCAUAGUUGUGUGGAGAAUCUUUCUGUGCCAUUGGUGGACCCAACUGAUGCUCGAAUUUGGACUGUGAACCUUAAACUGAAGGAUAAUUUCAAGUGUCAAUUGUCAGAGUUAAUUAGUAAGAUAAUGGAUUUGUUAGAUAACAACAAUUUGCUUAUGGAUACUUUAGGGUUAAGCAGAAGCUUGGGGUUAGUGAAUCCUCUGCAUAAAAUCACUGAAGCUCCAAUAACCAUUUCUAAAUUAGUGAAGGCUGCUAUGGGCCAAAGUAGAAAGUCUUCAGAUUUCAAGGGACCUAUAGCGGAUGAUCUGUUGAUGCCUCUGUUGUAUUAUGUGUUCCCUGAUGCAGUAGAUGACGAUUCUUUCAACUAUCCUAGACAAUUAGAAGUUGAAUUCAAGCAGGUUGAUGGUGCUCAGAAACUAUGUAGUUAUGUUAAGACAAGUCCAGAAGGUGGUUUAGUGUGGCGGCUGUCAGUGACUGCGGCGCGGCUCUAUGAUGCUGGUGGUCUUACGUAUUUAGCACAUCUCUGGUAUGAGUUCAGUCAGGAGCUCCAAUACAGAUGGGAACAUCGGAUCCUCGUGCCUGGAGUAGCGGAGGGGUCUCCUAACGCGCGGACUUGCUUGUUACACCAAAAACUACAGCUACUCAACUGUUGUAUUAAACGAGCUCAAGAGAAUACUGGUUCCGUCGCUGGGAACUCUUCCGAAGAUGAGUUUUUCGACUGUUCCGAGGGCGAGAACGAAGUGCAUUUGCCCUGGGACAGACCGGUCGGCCGGCUCACGAGGUUCGGAGAUGCCACUCUCAAGAGCGGGUCUCCCCUUUACAUUCCCCGGACUCAGGAUCCUGCACCAAAGACCGAAGACCAGUUGGAGGAGGAUGCCGAGUUGAUGUUACGGCUCGGAGACGAUGCGAAGGCGUCCGAGCUGCGCGCGCGGAUGAUGAGCGCGUCACUGCUCUCCGAUAUGGAGGCCUUCAAGGCAGCCAACCCCGGCGCGGAGCUCUGCGACUUCGUGCGGUGGUACUCACCACGGGACUGGAAGCCGGACGACGGUGGCUCUUUAGGUGAGCGUAUGUUGUUGCCCGGGAACCCUUGGGUAGAAACAUGGAGUGUCGCCCGCCCAGUCCCGGCUUCGAGACAACGGAGAUUAUUUGAUGAGACUCGUGAAGCAGAACAGGUCUUACACUUUCUACGCUCGCGGUCAAUCAGUGCCGUGGCUGAACUCCUACUUCCGGCAAUAUUUCGAGCUGGGGCAUUGAAGGCACACGAAGAAGGAGUACCUUAUGGAGCCUCGACGGUAGGUGGUGUCGAUAUGCGGAGGACGUUUGAAAUUGCGGCGAGGGAUCUGCACGAGGCUGAGAGGGAAGCGUGUAAAGUGGCUUGCGAGCGAAUGGUGUUCACCUCUUCUGAGGAGGGGAAACCAUUGAAGUUUGAUGAUCGGAAAAAAAUAGAAGAUAUUCUGAAAUUUGAUAGUUACAGGUUACCGGAUCGUAGAGAGUUCAUGUUUUCUGUGAAGGACUCGGUAGCGCCUCAGAUGAUGCGGGUUGUGAUCGGCUCGGACUUGACCAUUGUGGGCGCCUUCACCGAACGUAUCGUGUGCCUCUAGCUGUUAGCUUGUUAAAAUAAUCAGAAGUUUUAGUGUAAAUGGUUGACGGAUUUGUUAAUGCCAUGUAAAUGAUUGUUGAUUUAGUGUUUAGGUAUAUUAUUAAAUAGCGUAUAGUUAUUUGUUUGAUAUUGUACGUGUAACAAGACUAACAAGGAACCUCAAUAUUAUGACACAAUUUUUUACUCUCA